AUGUCUUCUCGAGCCCAGUCCCCUAGUGGGAGAAGCGACAAGAGUGGUGCAGACUCAGGGUAUGCCAGCGGCAACAACAGUGAGCUGGGGCUGCCCGAAGUAUACUUUACCAAGCCUCACCUGAAAUUCAUCAACCGACAACUUCAAUUCCUCGAACCAGAAGAGAUUCUUCGAUGGUGCAUCACCACCCUGCCACACCUCUACCAGACCACCGCCUUCGGCCUGACAGGUCUCGUCCAACUUGACAUGCUCUCCAAGUUGAAGGUACCUCGACCUCAAAUGGUUGAUCUCAUCUUCAUCGACACCCUACAUCACUUCCCCGAGACCUUGGAAUUGGUGGAAAAGGUGCGGGCCAAGUACCCUUUGAUCAACAUCCAUACCUUCAAACCAGCGGGGGUUGAAACAGCAGAAGAGUUUGCUGCCAAGUAUGGUGACAAGCUGUGGGAGACGGACGAAGAGAGGUAUGACUACUUGGCCAAGGUUGAACCGGCCGAGCGGGCAUACCGUGAACUUCAAGCCUAUGCUGUCCUGACUGGCCGACGAAGGAGUCAGGGAGGUGCGCGAGGCUCUCUGGACAUCAUCGAGGUUGAUGAGGCCGGCUUGCUCAAGAUCAAUCCAUUGGCCAACUGGAGCUUCCAGCAGGUGCAACAAUACAUGAAGGACAACGAUGUGCCUUACAAUGCCCUCCUAGACCAAGGUUACAAGAGUGUCGGUGACUGGCACUCCACUCAACCCGUCAAGGAGGGUGAAGAUGAACGAGCUGGUCGAUGGAAGGGUAAACAGAAGACCGAGUGUGGCAUUCAUAACCCUCGUUCCAAGUACGCGCAGUUUUUGAUGGAACAAGAGAAGAAAAGAGAACAGGAAGCUUUGGAGCAAGCGUUGCAAAAGGUCAGCAUCCAGACAUGA